CCGGCCUAAUCCCAAUUCGGCCUGCCACUCUUUUGUCCAUCCCCGUCGACUUUUGCUUUUCGACGCCACACCCCUCAACAUUUCUUUCGCACACGCCCUUCCUUCACGUCCACCACCCACAUUCAACUUCGAGAGGCAGUUUGCAGUCGGUUCUUUGAGUACUCUUUGCCUGAUUCACAGGCCAGAAGCAACAGAUUCGACUAUCACUCUGCCAACAAGCCAUUUUGAUCACGUGCUCUCACCCCCUUUUUGCCGUGGCCUUGUAGCACGAUGGCCCAAGGAGGCCACAGUUGGCCUUCUGGGCACUACGAUCCAAAUAUCGUCAAUCAUGCCGAUGAUGUAGCCGCAUACGAUACUUCAAACUUUGACUUUCAGCACUUUGCGCCCACGCAAUCAAACAACGCAUACGGAGGGUAUUUGCCGGGCUUGUCAAUAUCCGCCUUUGGACAGGACAACAGCCAUGGCUAUCCAACCGGCAACUUUGCUGAAAACGAUCACUCCAAUGCUGAGAUGGGACAGGAAAGAAGUGUUGGAUUUAUGCCAAACAGCUUCUCUGGCCAUGAACAUCCGAUUUCUGAGUAUACCACGACUGGACAUAGCCAAGAGUAUCCAAAUGUCCCCGGAAGCAUUGGCGAAUCGUGGCAUAACCAGGCAAGCCACCAUCAGACCAACUUCGGCCAGCCGCAGAUGCCCUAUGAUCACCAGAGUGCCCAGCAACAGUACCAUCAGCAGCAAUUCCAGGCACCAUCUCAUGUCCCCAUCGCCACGCCACCUCCUGGUCAGAGAACCGGGGCUCACUUCGGGGUCGAGAAUGGAAGCAAGCCCAGCUUCCAGCAAGUUCACUUGAACUCUCAGCCUUCUCAGAUUGGAGAGCCACAGUAUGCCUUCCAGGGACAUCAAGGCCAGUUUAUGGCUGCCCAAUUCGCACAAUCACAGCCACAGUCCCCCGUCGGCCUCCAAAAUCAAAACCCAACUCGUGGACAGUCCUUUCGGAUGCCUGGACCGGUGACAACCCCAACUGGGUCUCCCUACCCAGGUCCACAGCCGCCCGCACCUCAAGUCAAGCGGACGAAACCAACAACGUCGGUGGCCACAGCAAGGACGGAUAGUCCAGCAGCAAUGUCAAACGCAUUAUCUUCCGCUCCCCCCCCUGUUGCACCACAUCACGCCAACUCCCAACCUCCGAUUACACAUGCCGGUGCUGUACAGCCAUCGCUAGCUCACUAUGCGUCUCAACCCUCGGGAAACUCUGGUGAUGCCACUGCGACUGCUUGGGGCAGCACAGACAUCAAUGAUGGGAUGAAGCAGGUCAACGGCUGCAAAAAUCUCUUCUUUUCGGAUAUACCGCUGAAUGAUAAUAUACCUGAAGUGCGAAGGACUGCCGAGAAGCCUUGGCUUGCCGGCUGGAAUGCCAGCACGAAGCCUCUGUUACCGAAACUUGGCCGUCCGCUACCUGCCGAGAUUGUUCGAGAUUAUGUUGGUCGCACUCAGCUGUUGCAGGACCCAAAUCUAGGAGCGAAAGACCGGCAAACGACGAUGGAGGAGGUUAAAAAGUUGGAACAGCAGUUCGUGGUUGUGACUGGUAAAGCAGUUCAAGAAUUGGCCAAAGAGGCGAAUUCAAAAAAGCUGUCCACUGUGCGCAAAACCAAGGCAUCCAACAAUUCCGACAGUGACUCUGAUGACCCGACAAAAGAGACUGACAGGAAGGCACGUCAGAUCAAGAUGGCAGAGCGACCUAGCGACCCUGUUCGUGCUGUCGAGCAGGAAAUUGUCAAGAUACUAUGGCAUGAUCCUGACGAGGCUCACAAUUCCAAGAAAACUGCAAUUGCUAUUGAUGCCUUCGGCAACCAAGUAGAUAAACUCUGGCGUGAGGUCAAGAGGGUCAGAGAAGAGGCUAAAGUCGCCAAAGACAAGACGGCAUUGCAGCAAGAGUUUCAGGUGAAGGCAAACUGUAUGCAUGCAGCUAUCCAAACAGCGCUUGACUAUGGUGACGCUUGGACGGUCAGGUACCUGGGUGACAACACCAAGAUGCUUACCCAGCUGAUCAAUGCCCUGAAGUACUCUUACAAAUUGGGUGACUUUGAUGGAGUUUUGCCCAAGUCCAUCCUGCAUCUCAUGUCGCAAUUCACCACUGUGCGCAGCAGCUUACUUAACGACACUUUCAAGCUGAAGAAAACACGCGAGAAGUAUGAAGAUGACAUCGACAAGGAGUGUCGUGACUACUUUGAUCGCAUCUUCUCCAACGCCGAAGAGGCAGACAGAAAGGCUCGCGAUGAGGCAGCCAAAAAAGCUAAAGAAAGUGGUGGUGCUGAUGAACCUAAAGGAGUUUCUAGCAUUUCCAAGAGACCACCCUCUAUUAUGGCUAGGGACUUGCAAUCGGCGUCCAAAAUGAAGAACAAGGCCCAACCAACGGGAUCUUCUUCCUCAGAGAUCCGCCACACUAGCAAUGACGAUUCCAACACGGCAUCACCAUUGAAGAGAGCCAGGGAAAACGAUGUUGACUCGAGAGUCUCGAAGAAACCGAUGGUUGAGAGCUCUGCAAAGAGACCCAGAGAUGAAGAUGGGGAGUCUAGAGCAACGAAGAAAAUGGCACUGGAUAGUUCUAGUACUCAAUCAACUGCAAAGACGACUUCGGCCAUGCCUUCCAGUACAACGGCGACCAUUGCUCAACCUCGUGUGAGACCACCUGGAUCUAUCCUUCCCGGGCGAGCUCGACCCACACCGAAGCCUACCCCGAAAAAACCGGAGGCUCAGCAGUCAUCUAUCUCGUCUACGAUUAGCGGUCUAUUGGCGGAGAUUGCGAAGCCGACACCGGUAGCGAAAGCUCGUGAAGAGCCAGCCAGAGCUCCAGAGACACCCGAGGAAAAAGCAAAGCGACUUCGCAAAGAGGCCCGACGGGGACGCACAGUGACAUGGAAGCCCGACCACGAAUUAACCGAAGUUCGAAUCUUUCAACAUGACUCGGCCGAGGAUGAGGGACGUGCCAGCAACAUGAUUCGCGACGCCAGAGAUAACCGCUCUGAAGGUCAAAUGCUGAAGCGGGGCAUUCAAAACGAAGAGGAGGAGGACGGUGACGCUGAUGGGCAGGGAGACGCGACAAAGGAAGUAUCAAUUCAUCCUUGGGUGGAACCUUCCGCUAUUGACAUGAGUGUCAUCGAUCGUCAACAACGCGACAAAAGCUUUGUGACGCGUGGGGGUGCUCGUACGUUUCAUACAGACCAGCAAACGUUCAUGGGGGAGUACGAGAGGACUGAACUCAUGGCCGUUUACACGUCGGGCUCGGAUAUCCCAGAAACCCCCAAGUCACCAACCCGCAAGACUACCGAUUCCAAAUCCGCGUCUCCCAAGAUUGGCUACCUCCCAUCCGACCAACCAAAAUUGCAAGAGUUCCAUCGCCGCGCACUUGAAAGCAGGCAAUUCGGACGCGACGCUUCCCUCCAGCUUGUAACCCAACGCCUUCGUACCCCAGACACAACCGCUCCUUCCGAAUUGGACAAGGUGUUGGGUUUGCUGAGGAAUGCUUCAGGCGUGAAUCAAGCACAACCCUCUGCUAGCUCUUACUCACUCUCCGCCAAUAUGUCGCAUUCGAAUUCGCCUUCUGCUUCCUAUCCGUCGCAAUCGCCGCAGUCUUGCGAGGCACGCGAUGCUGAAGUCUACCGACUGUUGACUUUGGAUGUCGUCAAGAACUGGAAGGAUCCCAACCCUUACGAUCCAGCCCAUCCCAAGACGACUCGUCGAUCCGAUUAUGCCGAUCCCAAGGUUCAAGCCGACGCUGAUGCUUUUGAGAAUAUCUGCGAAGCCUUCAAAGGCAAGCACUUCCCGGCUAACGAGCCUCCUGAGUACAUGAGGGAAAACCCCACCCAGGUCAAAGAAUGGCAAGAUGGCUACGACAAGGACAUGGCUGCCAAUGCGUCUAAGGAAGCUACGCAGCGUGCCCAGAAGCUUCAUGAGCAGAAUCCCAACCGAAGUGCCACCAUAGGCCAGCUGCCUGUCGCGUUGAGCACAACCCAAUCACUUCAGGACCCCAAUGCUGCUGCUACUGCUGCCGCCGCUGCGUGGUAUGCUCAGUUUGCUCAAGCCCAGUCUCAGGCUCAAGCUCCUGCUCCUUCUUCAGCUUCGAUUUCCGCCCCAGCGCAAGCUCAGCAGUCCGACUACAGCCAAUAUGCAUUGAUCCUCCAGCAGGUUCAAGCACUGCAGGCCGCCCAAGCUAAUCAGGGCACCCAAGCCUAUCAAGGUUACCAGGGCUACCCCGGGUACCAGGGUUACCUGGCUCAACCUUCCCAAACAACACAGGCGCCUGCUGCUCCCCAGGACAGCAAUCCUCAACUGCAAGCAGUUCUGGCAGCCCUCAGCGGCCAGUCCACACAGCAGCAGGCACCGGCCAUUCAACCCUCUCUGCAGGACAAUGAUCCGACCAAUGCUUACUGGCGCUCCUGGCAGCAAUCCACGCAGAACUACGGGCAAUCUCAGUUCCAGCCUCCAUCUUCCCAAAGCCAGCAGCAUCGUGAUCGAGAUCGUGAGCGUGGCAAUCGUAGCUCCACCUUUGGCAGCGGUGCUGACGCUUCGCUGGACUACGGACCUUCGGAGUACGAAUCCCGAGACAAGGGCUCCCGAGGUCGCAAGGACAAGGAGAAGUCCAACUUCCACGGCCGGGGUGGGAAGGAGCACAACAAGGGCAUCAAUCGUGCUCUGAUUGGCACCAAAGCUUGUUCCUUUUGGGCAGAGGGCAAAUGCGCUAAGGGCGAUCAAUGCACCUUCCGACAUGACCCGGACGAUCUUAAGAAAGCUAAGCGCUGAAGACGGCUGGACAUACCCACACUAAAAGGUGUACAAUUUGCCAUCCUCUCUGCUAUCAACACUUGACAUGCUACAAGCCAGCAAAGCUCCCAACAUUUAUGCACGACCGACCUCGACCACUCGCGCAAACUAUAAUACGACUUUUCUUUGUUUCGUCUGCUAGACAGCAGAUCUUCCAUUUCUCGCCAAGAGCCAUUUUCACUUGGACGAGG